AGGCGCUGUAGGAACCCCAGUGGGUGCCUCCAUCCUUCCGCCCAUUUGGGGAGAGAUUAAAGACACUGAGGUUGUCUCUUUCUUACUCACUGGCAGUUACAACCUCGCAGCCACUACAGCCUCAGCCUCCAGCGUGGACACAGAGGAGGGGAACAGAAGAUUGUUCUAGUGAGGUACCAACAAGUCACCAUGUAUGAGGACUGCAAGGAGUCCACGGGGGACUAUUACUUCCUCUGUGACACUGAGGGAGCAUGGGGCAUCGUUCUGGAGUCCCUGGCAGCAGUCGGCAUAGUGGUCACAGUUCUGCUGCUCCUGGCAUUUCUCUUCCUCAUGAGAAGGGUCCAAGACUGUGCCCACUGGAAUGUCCUCCCCACCCAGUUCCUCUUCCUCCUGGGUGUGCUAGGGCUCUUUGGCCUUGCUUUUGCCUUCAUCAUCCAGCUCAAUCAGCAGACUGCCCCCAUCCGCUACUUUCUCUUUGGGGUCCUCUUUGCUCUCUGCUUCUCGUGCCUCUUGGCUCACGCCUCCAACCUCGUGAAGCUGGUCCGGGGUCGAGUCUCCUUCUCUUGGACGACAAUUCUGUGCAUUGCUAUUGGGGUCAGCCUGCUGCAGACCAUCAUCGCCAUUGAGUACGUGACUCUCAUCAUGACCAGGGGUGGCAUGUUUGUGCACAUGACGCCCUAUCAGCUCAACGUGGACUUCGUGGUCCUCCUGAUCUACGUCCUCUUCCUGAUGGCCCUCACGUUCUUUGUCUCCAAGACCACCUUCUGCGGCCCUUGUGAGAACUGGAAGCAGCACGGCAGGUUCAUCUUUGUCACGGUGCUCGUCUCCAUCAUCAUCUGGGUGGUGUGGAUCUCCAUGCUCAUGAGGGGCAACACACAGCUCCAGCGGCAGCCCCAGUGGGACGACCCCGUCAUCUGCAUCGCCCUGGUCACCAACGCGUGGGUUUUCCUGCUGCUGUACAUCGUCCCGGAGCUGUGCAUUCUCUACCGAUCAUGUCAGCAGGAUUGCCCCCUGCCAAGCAAUGCCUGCCCGCUCCCGACUUACGAACGCAGCUUCAGAGCAGAGACCCAGGAGCUCUCAAGAGCCCGAGACAGUGAUGGCGCUGAGGAGGAUGUAGCAUUAACUGCGUAUGGUAGCCCCCACUCAGCUGCAGAUUGUUGAUGCCACAUAGAAAUAUCUCAUUCCAUGGGCUAAAGGAAGCCCCCAGCAAGAUGCAGAAUUAUAAAGUCCACAGAAAACAUGAGUCGUGAAAACCCAGAAGAUCAUCCUGUCACCCCGCUGGGCAAGUGGGAAGCCUACCUGCCAACAAAGCAUCCUUCCUUCCCUGCCUCCUGCUCCUCUCCAUCCAUCUGGGGCCCUUCAUCAGGACACUGCCCUUCAAGCAUAAUUACAAUCUUUCUGGCCACCCUA